AUGGAUGAAAAUCGGCCAAUCCGUCUCCUUUCUCUCGAUGGAGGUGGCAUUAGAGGUGUAUCCUCUAUCCUAGUCCUCAAAGAGGUGAUGCGCCAGGUCAACAUAGACAGGAAGCCAGAAGACCACCUUCAACCAUGGCAGGUCUUCGAUCUCAUCGGAGGCACGAGCACUGGAGGCAUCAUUGCUCUCAUGCUCGGUUGUCUCAGAAUGUCAGUCGACGAGUGCCAUGACGUUUACAUGAAGCUGUCGAAGACAAUCUUUCUUCCAAAACGUUGGAAAUGCAACGUAUUCAGCAGAAGCAUCGACCUCAUAUCCGCCAACGAGCGGUACGACUCAGCCAAGAUGGAAGAGCUGGUGAAACAAAUCAUCAAAGAGCGAACGGGCUCCCGCAACACCAUGCUGCAGGACUCCUUACAAGGAUCACCAUACGACGAGGAACUCCUCCUACUGCGGUCUUACGUCAAUAAGCAACAGCCAGAUGUGCACUCUGCAAAGUUUGAGAUGUGGGAGGCUCUCCGUGCAACCUCCGCCGCAAGCACUUACUUCAAAGAAUACCGGCGCGGCAACGAGGGCUACGUUGACGGCGCCUUCAAGAGCAACAACCCCAUCUUCGAGGUCCACCACGAAGCCACCGACCUUUGGCCUGGACGAGAUAUGUUCCUUGUGAGCAUCGGCACAGGGACGAAACCAAGUACACCGCUUGGCGGUCAUGUCGUCAAACUCGUUAGGUCUAUGACCAAGCUCGCAACGGCGACGGAGGGAUCUUGGAUCAGGUUCCACCGCACGCAUAAGCAAUUAGCGGAGGAUCACCGUCUUUUUCGAUUUAGUGCCCCAGGUAUCGGAGAGGUCGAUCUUGGGAACUACAAAAUGAUCGGAAACGUGGCGAUGAGAACCGAAACGUAUCUUCGGGAUACAACCACUGCUCGAGAUAUCGCACGGUGUUCAAAGGAGAUGCUGGCGAUUCAGACACAUGAGUAUACGACUGUUCACAAGCUGAAGGAUAGCGAAAGAGAUUGCCUCAAGCUCUUGUCCAGCGCAGGAGGGGCUUACGAGAGCCAGAGAUUGAGCAUCGAGACGCCAGUCCAAGGAACUUGCCAUUGGUUUCUGAACCACAAAACUUUCACGAGUUGGCUGAGAGAUACUUCCUCGGCCUUACUCUGGGUGACGGCAAAUCCGGGUUGCGGCAAGACAGUCUUAUCUCGGUUCCUCGUCGACAUCCUCUCCAGACAGGCUUCCGAAGCCACCGUCUGCUACUUCUUCUUCAAGGCUGGCGAAGAGGGCCGACACCACUCACAUCAAGCCCUUUGCGCCAUAUUGCAUCAAGUCUUCAAGGAGCACGCCAAGGCUCUCAAUUUCGCAAUGAAGGAAUUCUCAUCGAGCGACAGCAAGAACUUUACACAAAAUAUCGAGAAGUUGUGGGAUAUCCUCUGCGAGACGUCUGACUCUCUUUCGAAUAGGCAGAUUAUCGUAAUCAUCGACGCCCUGGACGAGUGCAGUGAGGUGACAAGAAACAGAUUUAUCGACCUCCUCGUUAGCACUUUCCCUCAAAUGAUCGGCAGCCGAAAGUUGCUUGGGCGCCUCAAAAUCAUCGUAACGAGUCGUCCGUGGCCCAGCAUCGAGACCCGCUUUCGCUACCUCAGCUGCGUUCGUCUCCGUGGCGAAAAUGAGACGUCUUCACUGUCAAGAGACAUCGAAAUGAUGGUUCAAGCAAAGGUCGGCAAGUUAAGGGUAGAAGGCACGAUAACACCGGAGGCCUGUUCUAUCCUGGAAACCACGCUCGCUCAGGGGGCAGAUCGCACUUUCUUAUGGGCAUCUCUGGUUCUAGAGACCAUCUCCAAGCUUCCGUCACGAAAGCUCAGUGCAGUCAAGAGCACCUUGGAGGAUACCCCCGCCGACUUGGACCAGCUCUACGAAACCGCCUUAUUGGAUGUCGAGGACCAUGUGGCUGUUACCAGAAUGCUACAGAUUGUCCUCGCCGCGACACGUCCGCUCACACUAGACGAGAUCAACAUGGCCAUGUGCAUCAGCUCAACCCAUCGUACCGUUCAAGAUCUUUUGCAAGAUCUAGAGCCGGAUAUGGAAUACACAGUGAAGCAGCUUGGGGGUUUCUUUCUCAGGAUCAUCAACUCGACGGUUCACCUCGUUCAUCAAACCGCUCGAGAUUUUCUAUUGGUGACGACAUCAAUGAAGUCAACAGCAUGGAUGCAUAGUUUGAAGCUUUCGGAUUGCCAUUCGACUAUGGCCCUUGCAACGAUCCAGUAUCUCCUUUUGGACGGCUGGCCGGCACGACAGAAGAUUCCUGCCAAUGGUGGAGAGGUUGAUGAGUCUGAUAUUCAACUGCUCAAAUCCUUCCCCACUGUCACUGUCAGCUUCUAUAAGUAUGCUGCGAGACACUGGGCGAUCCACACGGACCGGCAGUCAGAUAACCAAGAAGUCGAUGCCUCUAUGAGCAAGCAGAUAUCAAGUCUAUGUGAUAUGAGCGGCUCUAGCUUUCACAAUUGGUGGUAUUUGAUGACAGGACGGAGAUACUUUAUCGGGCUUGGUCUCUCAGAAGGUCUAAUACACGAGUCGUCGCCUCUAGGUCGAUAUCCAUUGCAUUUUGCAGCAGACUACGGAUACUGGCCUAUGAUGAAAGGUCUAAUCGAUUCAAAAUCCUGUUCGAUAACAUCUCUUACACACAAAGGCGUUGACUUCUUAUAUGUUGCCUCGAGAGGACAUAACGUCAGCAAUGUCAGAUGGAUACUGCGCAAUUUCGACCCCUCCUGCUUACAGGUAGGUAUGGCUCUGCAGGCGGCAGCCUCCCUCGAGAUCGUCAAGGCUUUGGUGGAAACUGGCGUGGACUUGGGACAGAGAUACUUGUGUCCCACCAACGGCGAGAUGGAUCUCACAUCUGUCCUCUUCUCAGCUCUUCGGUGGGGAGGUUUGCCGAAACUUGAGUACUUGGUGAACAUGGGGGCUGGUUGCUUAAAAGAGACAAUCUUGGGUGCGGCACUCGAAGGGCAAGUGGACUAUUUGAAGGUUCUUCUAGCAGCUCCGGACGAAAGAAGCUCCGAAGAAAGGUUUCUCGAUCUCCAAGCUGUGUUGAAGGCCGCGACUGAGAGGGGCGCGGUUUAUGCCAGAAGAUUCCUCAUGGAUUUCGGUGUACAGGAACCAGAGGGUACUGACAUAUCUGCGGGUCUAGCUUUUGCUGUGAUGCACGGCUGCAAUGCGGAAGACGUGCUGGCACUAUUCGAGGAUGGUGCCAGAGACAUCAACGGCGCAGCUUUGUUAUCAAGGGCAGCUUUUGGGGAGAUGGGAGGUAUCCAAACAUUGUUUUCGGUGUUUGAGUAUCCGGUUGAGAUUUUGAACGCGGCCCUAGCAACGUUUUUCACCACCAAUUUGGACAACGAGACGAAGAAUUUCUUGCUCAAGACGAUCGAGAGAUCCCUUUCGUCAUCCAGUCACAACAGAAGAGUCUCAAAUGGCUUUACCAUCCAGCCCCUCAUUGGCCAAAACUAUGAGACCAACGUCAUAUUUCUGACAACGUUAUCGGGCAAAGGUGCUCGAAUGCCACCCGCUAUGUUCCAUCAGGUUUUGUGCUGGACGAUUGCUAUGGAUGAGCAACUUGCAGCUUUCCUUCUCCAGAAUCGCCGCUCAUUGCAGGAUGAUGGCGACAUGUUCGGGGCAUGCGAAUACCUCGCGCUGGCAUGUCUCUGGGGCCGCCCAACGAUCAUCAGGCACCUCAGUGGGAGAGACACUGGUCAGGAUGUGACAGGCAUUUCAUACGACUUACUCUUCCGCGCCGUUACUGUAUCCGGAAACGCAGAGGCUCUUGACGCCCUGCUCGACAACAGGUGCAUUGACUCUGGAAAAGGCGCCGCAGAUAAAUUUGCCGGCAAGGAGUUUUUGGAUCAAUGGGCUGUAGUCGAAAAGGUGUUAGGGCUCAAGGAUUCAACGGCAUCUCCGCUUGACCUGGCCGCCAGGCUCGGAUAUCAAGAUGUGAUGGCUAAGUUGUUGUCGGCAAAGAUGGUGGUGCGAAGUCGGACAGCGGAAUAA